CGGGUGCUGGAGCGACGGCAGCGGCUGGAGGAGCAAUAGCAGCAGCCGUGGCGGCCACGGGGCGGGGCGCGGCGGUCGGUGACCGCGGCCGGGGCUGCAGGCGGCGGAGCGGCUGGUUUUGAAUAUAUUAACACUGAAUCAGCACUUCUAAAGCCCUGCCUUCUCCCACUGGCUUCACUUGGCCUUCAGACAUAAUGAGGAGACUGGCUUUUCGAGGAGCUGGUUGUGCUCUGGUAAAGCUGAAGAAGUUGGAUUCCAUGGGUUCCAAGAGAAGAAGAGCUACCUCCCCUUCCAGUAGUGUCAGCGGAGACUUUGAUGAUGGGCACCAUUCUGUGUCCACGCCAGGCCCAAGCAGGAAAAGGAGGAGACUUUCCAAUCUUCCGACUGUAGACCCUAUUGCCGUGUGCCAUGAACUCUACAACACCAUCCGAGACUAUAAGGAUGAGCAGGGCAGGCUCCUCUGUGAGCUCUUCAUUAGGGCACCAAAGCGAAGAAAUCAACCAGACUAUUAUGAAGUGGUUUCUCAGCCCAUUGACUUGAUGAAAAUCCAACAGAAACUAAAAAUGGAAGAGUAUGAUGAUGUUAAUCUGCUGACUGCUGACUUCCAGUUGCUUUUUAACAAUGCAAAGGCCUAUUAUAAGCCAGAUUCUCCUGAAUAUAAAGCUGCUUGCAAACUCUGGGAUUUGUACCUUCGAACAAGAAAUGAGUUUGUUCAGAAAGGAGAAGCAGAUGAUGAAGAUGAUGAUGAAGAUGGGCAAGACAAUCAAGGCACAGUGACUGAAGGAUCUUCUCCAAGUUACUUGAAGGAGAUCCUGGAGCAGCUUCUUGAAGCCAUAGUUGUAGCCACAAAUCCAUCAGGACGUCUCAUUAGCGAACUUUUUCAGAAACUGCCUUCUAAAGUGCAAUAUCCAGACUAUUAUGCAAUAAUUAAGGAGCCUAUAGACCUCAAGACCAUUGCCCAGAGGAUACAGAAUGGAAGCUACAAGAGUGUUCAUGCAAUGGCCAAAGAUAUAGAUCUCCUAGCAAAAAAUGCCAAAACUUAUAAUGAGCCUGGUUCUCAAGUAUUCAAGGAUGCAAAUUCUAUUAAGAAAAUAUUUUACAUGAAAAAGGCAGAAAUUGAACAUCAUGAAAUGACUAAGUCAAGCCUUCGGAUGAGGACUCCAUCAAAUUUGGCUGCAGCCAGGCUGACAGGUCCUUCGCACAGUAAAGGCAGCCUUGGUGAAGAGAGAAAUCCCACUAACAAGUACUACCGUAAUAAACGAGCAGUCCAAGGGGGUCGUUUAUCAGCAAUUACCAUGGCACUUCAGUAUGGCUCAGAAAGUGAAGAGGAUGCUGCUUUAGCUGCUGCACGUUAUGAAGAAGGAGAGUCGGAAGCAGAGAGCAUUACUUCAUUUAUGGAUGUUUCAAAUCCUUUUUAUCAGCUUUACGACACAGUUAGGAGCUGUCGGAAUAACCAAGGGCAGCUAAUAGCUGAACCUUUUUUCCAUUUGCCUUCAAAGAAAAAAUACCCUGAUUAUUAUCAGCAAAUUAAAAUGCCCAUAUCACUACAACAGAUCAGAACAAAGCUAAAGAAUCAAGAAUAUGAAACUUUAGAUCAUUUGGAGUGUGAUCUGAAUUUAAUGUUUGAAAAUGCCAAACGCUAUAAUGUUCCCAACUCAGCCAUCUACAAGCGAGUUCUAAAACUGCAACAAGUCAUGCAGGCAAAGAAGAAGGAGCUUGCCAGGAGAGAUGACAUUGAGGAUGGAGACAGCAUGAUUUCUUCAGCAACCUCUGAUACUGGUAGUGCCAAAAGAAAAAGGAACACUCUUGACAGUGAGAUGUUGGGUCUCAGGAGGCUAUCCAGUAAAAAGAACAUUCGAAAGCAGCGAAUGAAAAUCUUGUUCAAUGUUGUUCUUGAAGCUCGUGAGCCAGGUUCAGGCAGAAGACUUUGUGAUCUAUUUAUGGUUAAACCAUCCAAAAAGGACUAUCCUGAUUAUUAUAAAAUCAUCUUGGAGCCAAUGGACUUGAAAAUAAUUGAACAUAACAUCCGCAAUGACAAAUAUGCAGGGGAAGAGGGAAUGAUAGAAGACAUGAAGCUGAUGUUCCGGAAUGCCAGGCACUACAACGAGGAGGGCUCCCAGGUGUACAAUGAUGCGCACAUCCUGGAGAAGUUACUCAAGGAUAAAAGGAAAGAGCUGGGCCCACUGCCUGAUGAUGAUGACAUGGCUUCUCCCAAACUCAAACUGAGUAGGAAGAGCGGUAUUUCUCCUAAAAAAUCAAAAUAUAUGACUCCAAUGCAGCAGAAACUAAAUGAAGUCUAUGAAGCUGUAAAGAACUAUACUGAUAAGAGGGGUCGCCGCCUCAGUGCCAUAUUUCUGAGGCUUCCCUCCAGAUCUGAGCUGCCUGACUACUAUUUGACCAUUAAAAAACCCAUGGACAUGGAAAAAAUUCGAAGCCACAUGAUGGCCAACAAAUACCAAGAUAUAGACUCCAUGGUUGAGGACUUCGUCAUGAUGUUUAACAAUGCCUGUACAUACAAUGAGCCCGAGUCUUUGAUCUACAAAGAUGCCCUUGUCCUACACAAAGUCCUGCUUGAAACUCGGAGAGACCUAGAAGGAGAUGAGGACUCUCAUGUCCCAAAUGUAACCUUGCUGAUUCAGGAGCUUAUCCAUAAUCUUUUUGUGUCAGUCAUGAGUCAUCAGGAUGAUGAAGGAAGAUGCUACAGUGAUUCCCUAGCAGAAAUUCCUGCUGUGGAUCCCAGUUUUCCAAACAAACCUCCUCUUACUUUUGACAUAAUUAGGAAGAAUGUUGAAAAUAAUCGCUACCGGCGGCUCGAUUUAUUUCAAGAGCAUAUGUUUGAAGUAUUGGAGAGGGCAAGAAGGAUGAAUCGGACAGAUUCUGAAAUAUAUGAGGAUGCGGUAGAACUUCAGCAGUUUUUUAUUAAAAUUCGUGAUGAACUCUGCAAAAAUGGAGAGAUCCUUCUUUCACCAGCACUCAGCUAUACCACAAAACAUUUACAUAAUGAUGUGGAGAAAGAGAAAAAGGAAAAACUACCGAAAGAAAUAGAGGAAGAUAAACUAAAACGAGAAGAAGAAAAAAGAGAAGCUGAAAAGAGUGAAGAUUCCUCUGGAGCUGCAGGCCUCUCAGGCUUACAUCGCACAUACAGCCAGGACUGCAGCUUUAAGAACAGUAUGUACCAUGUUGGAGAUUAUGUCUAUGUGGAGCCUGCAGAGGCCAAUCUACAACCACAUAUAGUCUGUAUUGAGAGACUGUGGGAAGAUUCUGCUGGUGAAAAAUGGUUGUAUGGCUGUUGGUUUUAUCGGCCAAAUGAAACAUUCCAUUUGGCUACACGAAAAUUUCUAGAAAAAGAAGUUUUUAAGAGUGACUAUUACAAUAAAGUUCCUGUUAGUAAAAUUCUAGGAAAAUGUGUGGUCAUGUUUGUUAAGGAAUACUUUAAAUUAUGCCCAGAAAACUUUCGAGAUGAGGAUGUUUUUGUCUGUGAAUCACGGUAUUCUGCCAAAACCAAGUCUUUUAAGAAAAUUAAACUAUGGACCAUGCCCAUCAGCUCAGUUAGAUUUGUCCCUCGAGAUGUGCCCUUGCCUGUGGUCCGAGUGGCCUCUGUAUUUGCAAAUGCGGAUAAAGGGGAUGAUGAAAAGAACACAGACAACUCAGAGGACAGUCGAACUGAAGACAGUUUUAACUUGGAAAAGGAGAAAGAAGAUGUCCCUGUGGAAAUGUCUAACGGUGAACCAGGUUGCCACUACUUUGAGCAGCUCCGGUAUAAUGACAUGUGGCUGAAGGUUGGCGACUGUGUCUUCAUCAAGUCCCAUGGCCUGGUGCGCCCUCGUGUGGGCAGAAUUGAAAAGGUAUGGGUCCGAGAUGGAGCUGCAUAUUUUUACGGCCCCAUCUUUAUUCACCCAGAAGAGACGGAACACGAGCCCACAAAAAUGUUCUACAAGAAAGAAGUGUUUCUGAGUAAUCUGGAAGAAACCUGCCCCAUGACAUGUAUUCUAGGAAAGUGUGCUGUAUUGUCAUUCAAGGACUUCCUCUCCUGCAGGCCAACUGAAAUUCCAGAAAAUGACGUUCUGCUUUGUGAGAGCCGCUACAAUGAAAGUGACAAGCAGAUGAAGAAAUUCAAGGGACUGAAGAGGUUUUCACUCUCUGCUAAAGUGGUAGAUGAUGAAAUUUAUUACUUCAGAAAACCGACUGUUCCUCAGAAGGAGCCCUCACCUUUAUUGGAAAAGAAGAUCCAGUUGCUAGAAGCUAAAUUUGCUGAGUUAGAAGGUGGAGAUGAUGAUAUUGAAGAGAUGGGAGAAGAGGAUAGUGAGGUCAUUGAGCCUCCUUCUCUACCUCAACUUCAGACUCCCCUGGCCAGUGAGCUGGAUCUCAUGCCCUACACACCCCCACAGUCUACCCCAAAGUCUGCCAAAGGCAGUGCAAAGAAGGAAGGCUCCAAACGGAAAAUCAACAUGAGUGGCUACAUCCUGUUCAGCAGUGAGAUGAGAGCUGUGAUUAAGGCCCAGCACCCAGACUACUCUUUUGGUGAGCUCAGCCGACUGGUGGGGACAGAAUGGAGAAACCUUGAGACAGCCAAGAAAGCAGAAUAUGAAGAGCGGGCAGCUAAAGUUGCUGAGCAGCAGGAGAGAGAGCGAGCAGCACAGCAACAGCAGCCGAGUGCUUCUCCCCGAGCAGGCACCCCUGUGGGGGCUCUCAUGGGGGUGGUGCCACCACCAACACCAAUGGGGAUGCUCAAUCAGCAGUUGACACCUGUUGCAGGCAUGAUGGGUGGCUAUCCGCCAGGCCUUCCACCUUUGCAGGGCCCAGUUGAUGGCCUUGUUAGCAUGGGCAGCAUGCAGCCACUUCACCCCGGGGGGCCUCCACCCCACCAUCUUCCGCCAGGUGUGCCCGGCCUCCCGGGCAUACCACCACCGGGUGUGAUGAACCAAGGAGUGGCCCCUAUGGUAGGGACUCCAGCACCAGGUGGAAGUCCAUAUGGACAGCAGGUAGGUGUUUUGGGGCCUCCAGGGCAGCAGGCACCACCUCCAUAUCCUGGCCCACAUCCACCCGGCCCCCCUGUCAUACAGCAGCCAACAACACCCAUGUUUGUGGCUCCCCCACCGAAGACUCAACGGCUUCUCCACUCAGAGGCCUACCUAAAAUAUAUUGAAGGACUCAGUGCUGAGUCCAACAGCAUUAGCAAGUGGGACCAGACCCUAGCAGCCCGAAGACGCGAUGUCCAUUUGUCAAAAGAACAGGAGAGCCGACUCCCCUCUCACUGGCUGAAAAGUAAAGGGGCCCACACCACCAUGGCAGACGCCCUCUGGCGCCUUCGGGAUCUGAUGCUCCGAGACACCCUCAAUAUUCGCCAAGCAUACAAUCUAGAAAACCUUUAAUCACAUCAAUUACGAUUCUUUUAUAGAAGCAUAAAGAGUUUUGUGGAACAGUAGCCAUUUUAGUUACUGGGGGUGGGGGGAGGAACAAAGGAUGAUCAUUUUUAUUGCAUUUUAUUGUACAUCACAAGGCCAUUUUUAUAUAAGGACACUUUUAAUAAGCUAUUUCAAUUUGUUUUUGUUAUAUUAAGUUGACUUUAUCAAAUACACAAAGAUUUUUUUUUUGCAUAUGUUUCCUUCGUUUAAAACCAGUUUCAUAAUUGGUUGUAUUUAGACUUGGUGUUUUAUCUUUUUACUUGUUGCCAUAGAGCUGAAACCAUCAAAGGUUUUUUGUCUUGGCUUGGGGUUUCUGUUUCUUGUUUUUUUUGGUUGGUUUUUUGUUUUUGUUUUUUUUAAAUAACAAACAAAAUGAAAAAAAAACACACACAAGAGUUUACAGAUUAGUUUAAGUUGUCAAUGAAAUGUGAAGUUGGCCCUAGUUUACAUCUUAGAGAGGGGAGUGUACUUGUGUCUGUUUCACGUGCCUAAAUAUCUUAAGCCACUUUUGCAAGAACUGUUUCUUCCAGGUAGAGUGAAAGGUUGUUAGUUGGAUUGUAGAUGUUUGGCAGACAUGGCACAUUUGCUCUAGUAACUCAGAAAUCUGAAGUCAGCACUGUGCACUCUUCUGCAGCUAAUGCAGCUCCCGGACGCCUGGAGGGAGAAAGCACUUUUUCUUGUGCUGAGUUAGACAUCUAUGGUGUCAGUUAUUUUUGCAGAACAUGUGCACAACCCUGAAUUAUAUUUAGUCUUGACAGGUAAGUUUAAGGGUACUUUUGAUCUUUUUGUAAUGAAUUCACAAUUUAUGCCUAUACAUGUUAGGUGAUUUAAAACUUUAAAUCUCUACAUUGCAAAUUAUUGAAGUUCAUCUUGAAGAAAGUAUUGAGGUGUGCUGGAGGUGAUUUAUUUUUAAACAUAACACCUAACCUAACUUAGGGAAGGGAGUGCAUUAACCAGAUAUGGGCUGUGUCAGAAGCAUAAUUGUAAAAGGCUGGAUUGCCUGCAUAUGCAAGUAUGUUUUAGUAUUCUUUAUUUCCUCAUCAGAUCUGGCUUUUUUUUUUUCUUUUUCUCCUAAGUUUCAGGGUUGUAAUUCUCAACCAGAAAUUUAAGACUUUAUAAAAUAAUUUUAAAAUUCAGCUUGUGCUUUUGAAUUUCAGGAGAAGGAAAUCAUAAUUUAAGAAAAUGCUCACUAAAAAGACCAUUACAGAUCCCAAACACUUAGGUUUGAUGACCCUGUCUCUCUUAUAUGACUCUGGAAAAAAACAUUUGGAGACAGUAUAUAAUGCUCAGACAAGUGGAAAGCAUCAAACAUGGUUCAGUAUUUCACUCAGCGUUUUUGAAACCUGCUUUAUUGUAACAAGGUGGUUGCCAUUGUGGUGGAGCUUCCACUGCUGUUUGUAAAUUGAGAGUGACUCUCAGAGGAUACUUUUUUCUUUUAAUCUGGUAUGAGUCAAUACCUGGAUAUUUAAUUACCAUUCUUACUAAAUCAUGGGGACAGAAGAAGAGUUUAGAAUGGAAAAAAGUCUCUUGUAUCUAGAUACUUGAAUUACAGGAGGUCCUUAUAACUUAAUUGCCUAUAAGUCAACCACUGGAUCUCAAUUUGCAUCAAGUAUUUUAAACAGUUCUGAAUUUUAAAAAAUGUUUUGCAGUACUAUGUCAGUACCUUAUUGUUAAACUGAAUCAGAUAAAGAAAUCUUCAGUUCUUGGUUAUUUGGGCCAUUGAAUCAUCAUGGACUGUAUAAUACAAUCAGAUUAUUUUAUUUCUAGACAUCCUUGAAUUACACCAAAGAACCUGAAAUUUAAUUUUGGUUAAGUUAUUUAUUUAUUUCAUGCACCCGUCUUAUUUCCCUUUUUAAGGUCUGGAAGAGACUUCUUUGGGAAGACUCUAAAAACUCUUCACUGUGGUCUAUGUGGGGCAUUAGAAGCCAGAGCACUCCUCCUCCAGGCUCCUUCUCAGUGUCUGGAGGUGCUGUAGGAACCAUAGAUCCAGCCAGGGGCUUCCCUAAGGCAGUGCAGAGCCGGGCCAGGGGGCCAUUAGGCAGGCCCUAAUUACCUUUAAAAAAAAAAAAGCUCUAUGUAUUUAUUUUAGAAUCAUGUCUUUCUGUAUAUUAACUUGGAGAAUGUCAAUUAAUAUUUUAGGAUAUAAGAUUUGAGGUCAGCCAUCUUCCAAAAAAGAAAAGAAAAAGAAAAAAAAAAAAAAGCCCUGACUUUAAAAGGUACAUGUGAACUAUACAUCUUUUUUUUCCAUGAGUUUUAGGAACUGUAGUGAUAUGGCUUAGAAAGUAUAAUGGCCUAAAUGUUUUCAAAAUGUAAGUUCAUGUGGAAAAGAAUUUUGUUUAUGUGCGGAAAAAGACCUAUAGGUUUAAAAUAGUAUGUCAGCCAACUGAUUUAAAAGGCCUUGAAUUACUUUGUUUUUGAACCCACCCUUUUCUUCCUAUGAGGAAGAAUUAAGAGGGGACUCUUCUUUGUGUAAAAUCUCCAAAUUGGUGUUGUUGAUUUUUGAACUUAAACAUUUUCAGACUUGAUUAAAACUUGGUUUAUUCUAAUUUCUGUAUCAAAAGAGGUUUAAGUGAUAACUAGUCUUAUAAUAUGUAUGUAUCAUAUCUUUGUUCAUCUAAAGCUUUUUAAUCCAAAUAAAAAUGGAGUUUGCAAAGUGA